AUGAGUACCCGAUCUAGACUCCCUCGAGCCACACUUGAGCAGAAAAUUACAAUACUAGACUACUUUCACGCCUCAGGCAGGCCCCAGCUGGAUACUGUGGAAAAGUUCAAGGACAUGGUAGCGAUAUCUACGCUGACGUUCAACGAGUGGGUGAAGCGGGAAAACGAAUAUAGAGAGAGGUACAGGCAGCUGGAUAGCAAGUUUGAGAAAAGUUCAAGACGAAAAUCGAGUUACAAGUACGAGAAAAUUAAUCGGGCCAUGGACGCUAUGGUGCAGCAGAAGUUGGGCAUGAACGAGUCAGUGACUGAGCCCAUGCUUCGAGAGUACUGGAAAAUGUAUGCUCAUCAGUUUGGGGUGGAAAACCCUAAGCGGCUCGUAUCGUUCAGUCACGGUUGGUUGAGCCAAUUCAAGAAGAGACACGGGCUUCUACGAAAGAAAGGGCCGAAAAACGCAGACUUGACCAGAGUCACCAACGAAAGACUUCUAGCCGAGCCUCUGCAAAACAUAUCUGACGCCACUGACUAUUCAGAGAACGAGCUGGACUCAUCUCUGGCCAGUGAGGCUGUCGAACAGAGCAAAGAGAGUGGGAGACAGGGCCGAGAGAGCACAGAGCUGUCGUCUCAGUUCCGUCCUCAACAUACGCUUAGCUUCCAAUCACAGUAUUCGUAUUCUGGAAGAAAUCUGCCUCAACGAAGAGAGACGGACAAUCAAACUUCGAUGGUUGUAAACAUGGGGAACCCUCCAAACGGGCUACCCACUGCCACUUACAUCGAGAAACUCUUGUUCAAUGUCGCUGACCCUUUUUUCAACGAGCAUCAGUACGAUUAUCCUCAGACGGUGAAGAUGUAUCAGGAGUUUAAAUCGUCAUUUCUUAGUGAAAGGCUCAUUGACCUCCGCUCGACUAAGAAGCCGAAGACACUAGUAGCGCACAGUCGCUCCGAUGGCUCUUCCCAGAAUGAAAAGCUUCUACUGGACCACAAGCUUCUUCCAAGCUCUCGGCAAUAUGGUGUUGUGGAGCCUCCCGAGAAACGCAGGCGCCUUCCUCAACAGUUGCAACAAAUACCCCAGCAGCUUUCACAGCAGCUUUCACAACAACUUCCCCUGCAGAUCCCUCAGCAACUCCCUCAGCACCUUCCACAGCCUCCGAUAUUUGGCCAAACGAGCUCUAGCAGGCUGGGCAACAGUGAAAUACUAGAUAACAUGUUUACCAGAAGACGGCCAAAUGACGGGUUUGGGUAUCCAAACCAAACACGCAUUACUCAAUUGAAUGGGCAACAACAAGGAGAGCAAGAAAGUCAGGCUAACAGAAGCAGCCAACAUGAAAGAGAUCAAGAAGGUUGGAACAAUCAGAGAAAGAUGUGGGAGCAAAAUAAGCUCUUGCUCUAG